UAUCCACCACAACCUGUUUAUACUCAACCAAACACUACACCACAACCGACACCCAAUCUGAGUCCGGGCGGGACCGGCACUAUCACCGAAGAGCACAUCAGGGCUUCGCUUAUCAGUUGCGUUGAAGACAAAGUGAAACAGAGAUAUCGGGAAAAAGAGGCACAAUUUCACGCAGAAAUGGAAGUCUUAAAGAAAACGAGCGAAGAUCUAAAUAAAGGGAAACAAAAAUUAGAGGAUAUUAUGAGACGAAUGGAAGACGAAAUGAUCGAAAUAAAUGACUCGAAACAAGAAUUGAGUGCUAAAAGCGCUCAACUCUCAGAAGUGAUCAGUAAAUGCGAUGACAAAGAAAAAACUGUAGACAUCGAUGAAGUGUUUGGUCCGACACAACCUCUUUAUAAACAAUUGUUGAACUCUUUCGCCGAAGAGAACGCUAUCGUCGACGCCAUCUAUUACUUGAGCGAAGCCCUCCGUAAAGGUGUCAUUGAUUUAGAAUUGUUUUUAAAGCACGUGAGAGAACUGUCUCGAAGACAAUUCAUGUUAAGAGCACUGAUGAGAGUUUGCAGAGAGAAGGCCGGACUCCCUGUCUAG